GUCUUUCCAAGUACUGAAAUUUGCAAAAUCGAAAAAUCGAUAGCGCAAGCACAAAAUGAAAUGCUCAAUUGAAGGAGUAUUUGACCAAAGGUUCUGCCUGUGUUAAUGUCGUGGUAACUUUCUAUUGACCACUAAAUUGUCCCUCCUGCGAAGACACUAACAGACAAUCCCCAAUCUCGGUCUACCUUACCAUCCGUAGAUCCUCAUCGUCACUCAUCACAGCCGCCAAUGCUCGCCGGAGCCGACCACUCGUAACCGCCGAUGCAGACGAACAACACAGCCUCACAUGGUGUCCUUAUGCAAUGCUCCCACCUCGAUUCCUCAAACCCAAUAGCAAACCCUGCGUCGUCCAGGCCAUCUUCAAACUCUGCUCUCAAGGCCACCUCUCACAAGCCGUCGAUUCUCUAGACCUUUUGGCACGCAAAGGUCAACGCCUAGACUCUCAAACUCUAGCUUUCCUCUUACAACAGUGUGCGAAUUCUCACUCUCUUAAAGAAGGUAAAUUGGUUCACCUCCAUUUGAAAGUCACUGGUCGGAAGAAACCCGACACGUUGCUGUCCAACCACUUGAUCAAGUUCUACUGCAGAUGUGGCGAGCACGUGGAAGCACGCAAGGUGUUUGAUAAAAUGUCCGCGAGAAAUUUGUAUUCUUGGAAUAGUAUGCUUUCUGGGUAUGCGAAAUCAGGGAUGAUUAAACCCGCUAGGAGGUUGUUUGAUAAAAUGCCUGAGAGAGAUGUUGUGUCUUGGAAUACGAUGGUGGUUGCGUAUGCGCAAAGUGGGUGUUGCUAUGAGGCUUGGAUGUUUUAUUUAGAUUUCAGGAGGUCGGCUAUUGGGUUUAGUGAGUUUAGCUUUGCUGGUGUUUUUACGGUUUGUGUGAAGUUGAAGGAACUGGGACUUACCAGGCAGGUUCAUUGUCAGGUUUUGGUUGCCGGGUUCUUGUCGAAUGUGGUUCUUUCUAGUUCUGCAGUUGAUGCUUAUGCCAAAUGUGGGGAGAUGAGUGAUGCAAGGAAAUUGUUUGAUGAGAUGGGUGUCAGGGAUGUCCUUGCUUGGACUACCUUAGUCUCAGGAUAUGCCAAGUGGGGUGAUAUGCAAGCGGCUAGUGAAUUGUUUGAUGCAAUGCCUGAGAAGAACCCUGUGUCAUGGACUGCUUUGAUCGCUGGGUAUGCUCGGAAUAGCAUGGGAAACAAGGCCCUUGAAAUGUUCUCAAAGAUGAUGAUGUUUCGAUUUAGACCAGAUCAAUUCACUUUCAGCAGUUGUCUUUGCGCUUGUGCGAGCAUAGCUUCACUUAAGCUUGGCAAGCAAAUUCAUGCUUAUUUGACACGAACUGGUUUUAGGCCGAACGCGAUAGUCAUCAGUUCUCUUAUUGACAUGUAUUCGAAGUGUGGAAGUUUGGGAGACGGGAGGCGCGUUUUUGAUAUUAUGGGUAAUAAGCAAAACUGUGUGCUAUGGAACACGAUGUUAUCAGCCUUAGCACAGCAUGGCUACGGUGAGGCAGCAACAAAGAUGUAUGAUGACAUGGUAAGAUCAGAUGUUAAACCAGAUAGGAUAACCUUUGUUGUCAUACUCAAUGCAUGCAGUCACUCUGGUCGUAUAGAAGAGGGGCUUGCUUGUUUUCAUUCAAUGACUUGUGAUCAUGGCAUUGUACCUGACCAAGAGCAUUAUGCAUGCUUAACCGAUCUCUUGGGUCGAGCUGGACGUUUUGAUGAAUUGAUGAACGAGCUUGAAAAGAUGCCUUGUAAAGCUGAUGGUCUGGUGUGGAAUGCCUUACUUGGUGUUUGUAGGAUUCAUGGAAACUUAGAGUUGGGCAGAAAAGCAGCUGAAAAGCUUAUUGAAUUAGAGCCUCAAUCCUCUGCAGCCUAUGUCUUUCUGUCAAGUAUAUAUUCUGCCCUUGGGAAUUGGGAGUCUGUGGAGAAGGUGAGACAUCUUAUGAAUAAGAGAUGCGUGAAGAAGGAACGGGCCAUUAGUUGGGUAGAAAUCAGAAACAAGCAUCAUGCUUUUACUGUAUCAGAUAGGUUGCACCCCUCGAAUGAGGAAAUAUGCUCCGUUUUGGAACUUUUAGCAGGGCAGAUGGAAGAAGAUGCCUAAUUACGUGAUACUGGGGGCUAAACUUCGUCAUUUUUGUUUUCCAAGUGUGUAUACCUCCAUUCAAAUUUGUAACACGUUGUUUCUAUUCUGAAGAACAGGCAGGCAUGCUGGGCCUGCUGUCACUAAAGAUCACUGCUUUCCAGAUUCCAUAAGAUGAAUAUUUACAACCGUAUUUAUAAGUUCCCUUCUUUAUUUCCGAAGCCUGAGAUAUUUAGAUAGAUGGGAUAACCUACGUUUUUCUUCAUUGUGUCAUUGUUUAUUUCCCGAAUGUUCUUCGCAUGGAAGUCAGAUUAUAUUGUUCGCUGCAUUAACCAAAUUGUGUAAUUCAUUACGAAUGCAUCCAUUUCUGGAUUUAAGGGUAGUUCUUUCUUGA